AUGGAAUCCACUGACACAGAAGUGACUGCACAAGAAAACCCACCAACGGCGGAUGUCACUCAUGUAGAUAAUAAAUAUAUCAUCCAUAACGAUUCUGUCGCCGGGCGUGGGGCGUGGAGCGUAGUCAAGCGCUGUUCGGUUAUUGAUCCGUACGAGCCACCGUCAUUUCAACCAGGAAUGAAGGUUGUUGUGAAGAUAAUACAGAAGGAGUACCUUUUGUCUCUGACCAAGGGAAAUGUGGAGCGCGCCAUGGCAGAGGUGAAACGGGAGAUCGAUGUACUACGUCACAUUCCGUCGCAUGGUAAUGUUGUCACAUUUUUAGAGUACAUUGAGACAGAGGAGGAGUUUCUUCUUUUCUUUGAGGAGGUUCAGUGUGGUGACUUGUGUGAAAUAAUUCUCCAAGCACCGGAGGGGAAACUGUCUGAGGAAACGUCGAAAUACUACACAUAUCAGAUAAUAAAAGCUGUGCUACAUUGUCACAUCCACGAUGUUAUUCACCGUGACAUAAAACCGGAGAAUCUGCUUGUUAGUGAUGACGAUAACAUCAAGUUGACGGACUUUGGUCUUGCUAAGCGGUCCAAAGGCAUAUGUACGUCCGCGGAGGAGCGCGAUGCAUUAGAUCCUAUUAGUUUAUCCAUGCAAUACCCUGGCGCUGAGCGCCUUAUUGGUAAGCGCAUCGUUUGCUCAGAUGUCAUUGGCACGCCUCGGUACGGCCCACCAGAAAUGUUUUAUGCAAAAUUUACUCAAACACACUACGAUGGUUUCAAGGCAGACACAUGGUCGGUUGGUGUCGUGACUUACAUUAUGCUCUCCGGGAGCUUUCCCUACUCCGCAGCUGCCCACGCCCCAGAGAAGGAGGUUUUUCGUUUCAUCAUGGACACGACGCUGCCCGAGCCGCAGGGCAUAUCGCCCAUCGCCUUUGAUUUCAUUGAGAGGUUGCUAAACAAGGAUCCCCACAAACGAAUGUCUCUCAACGACGCGCUUGGGCAUCAAUGGUUAGAGGAUGUAGCGCGCCCACGACAAUCGGUUAUGGUACCAAAAAUCCUUGAAACAUUGCCCACUCCUGAGGUGGCUCAAGCUUGCAAAAUGUUCAACAAGGAGGCACAGGCGUUGCACCAGUGUAUUACACUCCUGCAACGUGAAAACCAGAGACUGCGAGAGGCACAGGAGCGGCGGGAGGAGAGCCGAGCGACACGCGAGAAAGAAAACCGCCGCACGAGCACCCCGCGGCGAGCCGAGACUCCUUCCACGGCUUCGCGUGUCGGUGCAGGCCGCGCCGCCGGCACAAGCAGCUCGCUGCGGGUUACUUCCCCUGCACGCACAGGCGUGCGUCCAGGGCGUAGCAGCGCCAACGAAAGUUCCAACGGCUCCAUGUCACGACCAGCAGGCAACAGGUUAACGACACGGAGCCCACUUGCGAGAAGCGCGGCAAGUACCGUUCGACGUGGAACUCCCGUUCGGGUUGCUGGGGCCACACACUCGCGUACCAUCGGCUCAACACCGAUGCGCAGCGGUACGCCGUCCCGAACUACCACCACGGGUCGGAGCACGUCGGCAGCGCGUGCCGGUGUGUCUCGGCUGGCGAACAGCUCUCUGCCGGUGAGCCAUACUUCAACAAGGACCACCACACCCGGGCGCUUCGGCACCCGUUCCACUACACCCGGUCGUUCCGCCGCCGUUAAUCACGUUAGCUCGGCGAAAGAUUUGCAUAUAGGUGACAUUGUCACGUAUAAAGGAUUCCGUGCGGCUGUUCGCUUCAAUGGCCCUACAGCUUUUGGUGCCGGUAUCUGGAUAGGAUUGGAAAUGUUUGAAGGAAAUGAAGGGACUAACGAUGGAUCUUCGUUUAUUGAUAAAAAACAAUACUUUACAUGCCCGAAAGGGAAGGGUGUCUUCGUUCGGGCGUCCCAAGUCAAGAAGGUGUAG